UGGCAAGUCUGACCAAUUUUGGGUGAUUUUGUGAGGGUGUAGUUAUCCCUGUGGGAUGAGCUGAUCCCUUAACCAGAUACCUUGCCCACCGAGGUACCCCACAAUACCCCAUUCAUAUGCAAAGUCAAUAGAGUCCUCUCCAUGGGUAAUGGAGUCAGGGUAAUCUAGGAUGCACAUCUAGCUCUUAGUAAAGUUAGGGAUGUAUUUAUCGCCAAAAUUCGGCUGGAACAACAAGAUUGAUAAUCGGGACAUUCUAGAAAUGAGGCUUCGACUCCUGUGCAGUUACAUUUCCGCCUGGCUGCAGGGCCUCUACGACAACUUUCUGUACGUCUACUGCUAGAGAGUCAAGAAAGCCAGCAGAGUUCUUGGCGAUGGGUAGAAACGACUAUAUCGGCGCAGGCCAGUUUGCGACGCCAGGUAAAGGGAAGGCAUCACAGCAUGACGGGAUCGAAAAGGACUCAUCAAGCAGCGCACAAAUUAUUGGAGAUGCCGGUAACGUAUCUCAAGUGAAAGCAAUAUCAAGACCUACCAAGACUCAAGUGAUCAAGAAGCAUAUUGGUAGAUUCUGGGUAUGUUACGGCAUCGGUGGCAUAGUUCUGCUCGCAAUUGGUCUGCCAAUCCUCUUCCUGGUCAUCGUCCCCAAGAUUGCGCAAAGGUUAGUCGACGAUGCAGAUCUCCCCAUAUACAGCGUCACCAUCCGCAACCCAAAGGCCAACUCCGUGGUGAUAACUCUUGCUACAUCGCUCAAGAUUCCAAAAGGCCUCACUGUCCACCUAGAUCCACUCACUCUGCAACUGUAUCGACCGGAAGAGCCAACGUUCAUUCCAUUCGUCGAGGUAUCACUGCCAGGCUACAAACUCAGAGGCACGACAAACAUCACUCUUGAGAACCAACUUGUGACCAUUGGUGACAUCGACCAGUUCACAAAGUUCCUCGGCAAUGCAGUUGCAAACCAGAAAUUUGUCAUUGCAGCUCGAGGGAAGGCAAGAGCGCACUUAGGUGCGCUACAUGCAGAUGUGACGUUGGAUAAGAAGGUCACACUCGACGGGCUAGACAAUCUGAAAGGCUUCUCGAUUGACUCUGCAACAGCCGUAUUUCCCCCUGAAGCAGACGGUACGAACUUGCGUGCGAGACUCACCAUACCGAACAGAUCAACGGUUUCAUUCGAUCUGGGCAACGAAACACUCAAUAUCAACGGCCCAAACGGCCUCAUACUGGGCAACGCAACCGUCCUAGAUGUAUACGUCCAGCCUGGAAACAACACGUUCGAAGCAACAGGCGUGCUCGACCUAGCCACACUUGUUGGUAAUCUCCAGACCUUGAUCACAUACUGGGCCCCCAGCCUUGCGAAUGGCAAUAUCAAGCUUGCCGCAAGUGGCAAUGCGACUAUCUUCAACGGUGAACACAUCAAGUACUAUGAAGAUAUAUUGAACGGACUUGAGCUUGAAGGUGAGGUGCCAGUGAUCAGCUUACUAGCGAACAGUCUUGGGAAUCUACUUGGAGGUGGAAUGGAUGGAAUUAAGAAUCUCACUGACUAUCUGGGUCUCAAUGUGACCGAAAUAUUGGGCGAGUUUGACUCAAAUUUGAAUACAUCAACGACGAGUGUACGGAGUAGGGCUGACCCAGUGAUGAGAACCGUUGAUAUGGGCUGA